UUUUUUUCUGUACAGAACCAGAAAAUCAAAGCACUUUGCAGAUUGUCAGAGUGAGUGAGAAAACCCCAUAAAAAUGGCAACUUUGACUUCUAUAAGCAAUGAAACCCAGUUACUUAUUCAAAGUAUUUGUGCAUCCGUGAUAAAGGGUAGCUGGAACAAUCUUUUGAGACCCAAAUUUGGCUCUAACGAUUACCAUCUCAUUACAACAACAGCAACAGUUGGUCAGGUACUUUUGCAACUCUCUUUAUAUGACCAAAGUCCUUGUCUUUCAUGGGCUUUCUUUAAAUGGAUUGAAUCUUCUGUUCCUAACUAUAAACACUCAUUGCAAUCUUCAUGGACUAUGCUUUAUGUUUUGACAAAGCAUAAGCAUUUCAAGACUGCUCAUGAUUUUCUUGAAAAUAUUGCUUUCAAGGACUUCUUGUCAACUCAAUCUGUUUUGAGUUCAUUGGUGAAAAUUCAUGAUGACCCAGAUGUGAAUUCUCAUGUUUUGAGUUGGCUUGUGAUAGUUUAUGGGAAUUCCAAGAUGACCCACGAGGCUAUUCAGGUUUUUGAGCACAUGAGAGUGAAUGGGUUUAGGCCCCAUUUACAUGCUUGUACUGUGCUAUUGAAUUCGUUGGCUAAGGACAGGUUGACGGAUACAGUGUGGAAAAUUUAUAAGAAGAUGGUUAAACUAGGGGUUGUAUCUAAUAUUCAUGUGUAUAAUGUGUUGCUUCAUGCUUGUUGUAAGUCUGGGGAUGUGGAGAAGGCAGAGAAGGUUUUGAGUGAAAUGGAAUUGAAGUGUGUUUUUCCGGAUCUUUUCACGUACAAUACGUUAAUCUCGUUGUACUGUAAAAAGGGAAUGCAUUAUGAAGCCUUAUGUGCUCAAGAUAGGAUGGAAAUGGCUGGAAUUAGUCCUGACAUUGUUACUUACAAUGCACUUAUUUAUGGGUUUUGUAGAGAAGGUAGAAUGAGAGAGGCUGUGCAGCUUUUUAGGGAUAUCAAGGAUGUUACUCCUAACCAUGUGACUUAUACUAGUUUGAUUGAUGGCUAUUGUAGAGUAAAUGACCUUGAUGAAGCUUUGAGAUUGAAGGAGGUGAUGUCGGAAAAGGGGCUGUAUCCAAAUAUCAUUACUUACAAUUCAAUUCUGCGCAAGUUGUGUGAGGGAGGCAGGUUAAGAGAUGCAAAUAUAAUGUUGAAUGAGAUGAGUGAGAGGAAAAUUGAACCAGAUAAUGUCACUUGUAACACGUUGAUUAAUGCCUACUGCAAGAUAGGUGAUAUGCGAUCUGCUUUAAAAGUGAAGGACAAGAUGGUGGGGGCCGGGUUAAAGCUAGACCAGUUUACUUACAAGGCAUUGAUCCAUGGAUUCUGCAAGGCAAAAGAGAUUGUUAAGGCUAAAGAGCUCUUGUUUGGUAUGAUGGAUGCAGGAUUUUCUCCUAGUUAUUGCACCUACUCAUGGCUUGUAGAUAGUUAUUGCAAGCAACAAAAUGAAGAGGCAGUCAUCAAACUUCCAGAUGAGUUGGUGAGAAGAGGUUUGUGUGUUGAUGUAUCAGUAUACAGGGCGCUAAUAAGGAGGUUUUGUAAAAUAGAAAAGAUUGAUUGUGCUCAAAGAGUACUUGGUCUUAUGAAAGAUAAGGGUAUAUUUGGAGAUAGUGUCGUAUACACAAGUUUGGCGUAUGGUUACUGGAAAGUUGGAAAAGUCAAUGUUACUUCAGAUAUUUUAGAUGAAAUGUACAAGAGAAGGCUGAUGAUCACUCUCAAAAUUUAUAGAUCUUUUAAUGCCUCUUAUGCCAGUGACAGCAGCAUCUUAAGUCUCUUCUGGAAUCAUGUGCUUGAGAGGCGCCUAAUGUCAAAGAACAUAUUAAAAGACAUGCAGUAGACGAAAAAAUUUGGGCUCUUAAUGGAAUGCUGGAAUUGACUGCAGUUACCAAUUUGAACUUCAAAUGCCUUGCACUGACUCCUUUGUCAUUUCAGGCCAUAACAGUGCAUGUUGAUUGGGCUAACAAGUAAAAUGAUUCGAACAAGCAUUCUUGCAGGCCAUUAUCAGAGUUAUUCUGUAACCUUAUAUAUGUUUGAAGCUUCAUGUAGAUUUGCAGAAGUGGUUUGAUUCUGUAGAAGAAAUACACUAGCCCCUUUCAUGGUUUUGCUAGACAGCUGUUUCUCUCAGAACAUAACAUGAGCUUUUCUUAACUCAGUUCUCUUUAUGGAUGGAACUAAGCAAGUUGGGGUCAGAUACAGGUGAGACUUAGACUGACUUGUUAAAUGUGAUCUCAAUAGUUAAAUGAAAAUGGGAACAUAAUUUUGCUAGUCUCUUUCUUAUUUGGGAAGUAAAACUCAAGGCAAAAGGUCUCACUAGACAAACAAAGGGUAUCUUUAACAUUGAAAUAAUUUUAGACAGUGGAUUAAGCACUUAUAGAACCACUAGUUUUAUGUACAUAUGCAUCCUUGAAUAUUUUAUUGCGAGAAAUUUACUUUGGUAAAAGCAAUUAAUAAGCACUUGGAUGCACUGACUUGUAAAUUACUCAAUGCUUUGUAGAUGUUCAUCUUUUCAUAUUGAGUUGAUUAUAUAUUAAUUAAUCUUGGAUAUAUUUAUGUAUGUCUGAUUUGAUAUUAAGAUUAAUAUGCUUCUUUUGAUGUAAAGAAGUAAA